UCCUAAUUUUUUUUUUUGGUUUUUCUCUUUUCAAUUAGUUUUCUUCAUCCGGGUGCUUUGGAUAUUCGUCGUCGUCGCCCGUUUGACUGUUCUCGGAGCUUGCAAUGGCAUUAAUUUCGAUUCUUUCGGAGAUCUUGCAAAGACCCACGAUUGGGGGCGUCCUGGGCGAGCUCAUGUUGUUCGUGGCUCCUGUAUGGAUUGCUGUUAUUGUUGGGGUUCUGGUUGGAUGGGCGUGGAAGCCCAAAUGGGCAAAUCUGGGCAAGGAUUUCUUGGAUUGCCCCAAGGAGAAUUCUUCGGAAUCUCCCCUGUCGCCUUGCGUCAGUAGGAGCUCGGUUCCGAGCUUGAAUUCAUCGAAAUUGCAGCUGGCGAGCUUCAUUUCUUCGGUUGCCUAUGAUGGGUCUGAGAAGGAGGCUUCUGUUGUGCCACCAACCACAAGUUCUGACUGCAGCUCAUCACAGAAUGAGAGACAAUUGUCGAGUCUUGUCGGGGAGGAUGAGCUAGAGCAUAUAUGCCGGCUUGUUGAGGUGACUGAUGGAGGCCCUGCUUGGAUUCAGAUGAUGGACCGAUCCUCACCAACUAUGAGUUACCAAGCUUGGCGUAGAGAUCCUGAGACUGGGCCUCCUCAAUACCGGACUAGUACUGUUUUCGAGGACGCUGCGCCUGAACUAGUGAGAGAUUUCUUCUGGGACGAUAAUUUUCGAUCUAAGUGGGAUGAUAUGCUUAUUCACGCUACAACCUUGGAGGAGUGCCCCACUACAGGCGCAAUGGUGGUGCAGUGGGUGCGCAAGUUUCCGUUUUUCUGUAGCGACAGAGAGUACAUCAUAGGCCGUCGAAUUUGGGAGUCAGGAAGAAUGUAUUAUUGUGUUACAAAGGGAGUUCCCAACUCUGUUCCCAGGCGCAACAAACCAAAACGUGUCGAUUUAUACUAUUCGAGCUGGUGCAUUCGUGCAGUUGAAUCCAAGAAAGGUGAUGGGCAGCUUACUGCUUGUGAAGUGUUGCUCUUCCACCACGAAGACAUGGGCAUACCCUGGGAGAUUGCGAAACUCGGAGUCCGUCAAGGCAUGUGGGGAGCUGUGAAGAAAAUCGACCCCGGUUUACGUGCAUAUCAAAAGCAAAGAUCCUCUGGGUCUCAGCUGUCACGCUAUGCCUUCAUGGCUCGAAUCAAUACAAAAAUCAGUGCAGACUACCUCCGAUCCCUGGAAAGUACCGUCAGCAAUUCAUCUGAAAUUGAAUGCCAUGAUUCGUCCGAGCAACAUCCUGGGAAUAACAUACCUAAACUCCUAGUAAUUGGAGGGGCCAUAGUCCUCGCCUGUAGUCUCGAUCGGGGACUCUUGACCAAGGCAGUUAUAUUUGGAGUUGCCCGAAGGUUCGCGAAAAUGGGGAGGAAGUUAUGAUUCAAAUGCUUCUUGAACCGACGCCCUGGUGCUGUUGAAUGUCCCGGCCGCAGGAGGUGAGAGAUUUGUCGAGAUGGCCCGCUGUAGCUAAGAAAAUUCU